AUGGCACAACGGAAGUCUACCUCCCAGAAUGUGGACGAUCAGGCCCAAUCAGACAAUGACCUUGACAUGAACAACCCUCGGCUGUUAAUGUCUGAAUUAACAAAGGCAUUCGAAGAAGUCGCACAGGCGGAGUCAACGGCUUCAGCUCUUGAGGCCAAGCUUGAUGGCAUCCACAAACAGCUUGACCAGCUCUUAGCCAGCUUUGAACAGCCUUCUGAGUCAAGUUUGCAGGAGCCCUCAUCAAAACCCUCUGAUGCCAAGUAG